AGCUCAACCAAAAAUAACCUAAAAAGCUGUCAUGGCCUACGAGAAAGAACGACUCUCAAUGUUGUUCCUCGCUCAUGUCCUUCUCAUGCUCGUGCAAGAAAUGUCUGGUCUUGCUUCAGCACGAACCUCUUCCAAAAUGGAAGUGGAGGCACUCCUAAAAUGGAAGUCUAAGCUAGACAGUGAGAGCCGCUCUACUUUGUCAUCGUGGAAUGGAAGCAACCCUUGUUCAUGGCACGGAAUCCUUUGUGAUCCCUUCGGGAGUGUCACCAGCUUGAACCUUUCGCAUUCUGCCAUAUACGGUACACUUCACCAUCUCAAUUUCUCCCAUUUAACCAACUUGGUCAAUCUUCGGCUUGGCAACAACCGGCUCUUCGGGAACAUCCCUCCAAGCAUUGGUGAUCUUUCCAAGCUCACUCUUCUUGACUUCUCUUUUAAUAACCUUUCGGGAAACAUUCCAACUCAACUCGGGUCAUUGCGAUCUUUACAAGUGCUCAACCUUUGGAAGAAUAAAUUAUCCGGUCCAAUUCCUACUUCCAUUGGAAACAUGAGCAGCUUGUCAUGGAUGACAAUUAGCGAAAAUCCGCUUGUUGGGCCCAUUCCAAAGGAAAUAGGUAUGUUGGGGUCUUUAUAUCACCUCAAUUUUGCAAACAAUUAUCUCAAUGGAUCCAUUCCUACAACUCUAGGAAAUCUGAGUACUUUGAAAUUUCUUUACCUCUUUGGCAACCAACUUUUUGGCCCCAUACCUUCAGAAGUUGGAAAAAUGAGAUCCCUUACAAUGUUGCAACUACUAGCCAAUGAUUUAACGGGUCCUAUCCCGUCAUCCAUAGGCAACUUGACUAAUCUAUCUGACCUCCGCCUUUUCAACAAUAAGUUGUCGGGUCCUAUACCGUCCUCCAUAGGUGACUUGGGCAAUCUGACUGUUCUUGCCCUUUACCAAAAUGAGUUGUCAGGUUCUAUUCCGAAAGAGAUCGGAAAACUAGGACUCCUCAGUGAACUAAGUUUAUUUACGAAUAAGUUGUCGGGUCCUAUACCGUCCUCCAUAGGUGACAUGGGCAAUCUGAGUGUUCUUGCCCUUAAUGAAAAUGAGUUGUCAGGCUCUAUUCCGAAAGAGAUUGGAAAACUAGGACUCCUCAGUGACCUAAGUCUAUUUACGAAUAAUCUGGAGGGCUUUCUUCCCACCGAGAUUAAUAACCUCACAUUCCUCAAAAAACUACAGCUAUCUGAAAACAACUUUGUCGGCCAAUUGCCAAAAGAUAUUUGCGGUGGUCGAGUUCUUCAAUAUUUUGCCGCGAAUGACAAUCACUUCACUGGUCCAAUUCCGCGAGGUCUCAAAAACUGCACGAGUUUGUAUAGAGUUAGGCUCCAAAACAACCAGCUCAAGGGAAAUAUAUCCGAGGAUCUCGGCACAUACCCUGACUUAGAUUAUCUUGAGUUGAGCAACAAUGAACUAUACGGUGAGCUACCACCUAGACUUGGUGAAUAUAGCAAUUUGACCAGCCUGAAAAUCUCCAACACUCGCAUCUCUGGCAUCAUGCCCUUUGAGCUUGGCAAAUUGAGCAGAUUACAUAUACUUGACCUCUCUUCAAAUAGUCUUGUUAAGGAAAUUCCAGAAGACCUGGGAAAACUGAAGUCACUUCUAGAGCUUUCUCUCUAUGACAAUCAUCUUGUAGGCUACAUACCUCAAGAAUUUGGAACAUUGCCCGAUCUAGCAAGAAUUAACCUUGCCGGAAAUAACCUAAGUGGCUCAAUUCCUAGACAACUUGGGGAGUGUUCGAAGCUUCAAAUAUUGAAUUUUAGUAGAAACAAUCUUGAUAGAAGCAUUCCCGUUGAGAUCAGCAAGCUUCAAUCUCUUGAAGUUCUCGAUUUGAGUCAAAAUUUGCUUACCGAAGAAAUUCCUGGACAACUUGGGCUACUGCAAAGAUUGGAAACACUCAAUCUCUCCCACAAUCAGCUCUCGGGUUCAAUUGUGUCGACCUUUAAGGAUAUGGCAAGCUUGACUUCCAUCGACAUAUCAUACAAUGAGUUAGAGGGUCCUUUACCAAAUAUUCUAGCCUUUCAUAAUGCUACAAUCGAAGUUGUGAGAGGGAACAAAGGCUUGUGUGGAGUUAUUGCUGGUCUCAAUCCUUGUACAGCAACAAUGUCCACAGGCGGAAACAAAAUUAAAAAGUUGCUGCUAAUUUUGAUUCCUACUUUAGGAUGCCUACUUUCUUUGUUUCUUAUUGCGGGAGCUUCAAGUGUUGUAUGCCGAAGAGUAAGAAAAACAGAGGCUAGUUUGAUCGAUGAAAGCAAUGAAAACCCAUGGGUAAUAUGGAGCUUUGAUGGAAGAAUGAUUUAUGAGAGCAUUAUUGAAGCCACAGAAGAGUUUGAUGCCAAAUAUUGCAUCGUUGUGGGAGGACAUGGGAGUGUUUACAAGGCCCAAUUGAAAACAGGUGAGACUAUUGCUAUAAAGAAACUUAAGGAAGCAGUGGACGUGGAAAUGGCCAGCCGAAAAGCAUUUGAAAGGGAGAUUCAUGCUCUGACUCAAGCUCGGCAUCGGAAUAUCAUCAAGCUCUAUGGCUUUUGCUCGAGUUCUCGACAUUCAUUUUUAGUGUACGAGUUCUUGGAAUUUGGCAGCUUGAAGGAUGUACUGAACAAUGAAGAGAGGAUAACAAUAUUUGACUGGAAGAAGAGAGUGAAUGUUGUUAAAGGUGUGGCUUAUGCUUUGUCCUACAUGCACCAUGAAUGCUCUCCUCCUAUAAUUCAUCGAGACAUAUCAAGCAAGAAUAUUUUAUUGGAUGAAGAAUACGAAGCUCACGUCUCUGAUUUUGGCACGGCUAAGGUUCUUGAACCUUAUUCAUCUAAUAGGACUCCCUUUGCAGGCACCAUUGGAUAUGCAGCACCAGAACUUGCAUACACAAUGGAAGUGAACGAGAAAUGCGAUGUUUAUAGCUUCGGGGUGGUGACAUUGGAACUAAUCAUGGGAAGUCAUCCAGGCGAUCUCGUAUUGUCUCUUGUGUCCUCUUCUUCAUCAUCCUCACACCAUUCAAUAGCUUCUUGGCCAUUGAAAGAAGUUUUAGAUCAAAGACUUCCAUGCCCGGAAGGUAAUGUGCUAGGAGAAGUGGCUUUGGUGACAAAGAUGGCAUUUUCGUGCAUAAGUCCUAGACCAGAGCAUCGUCCAAGCAUGCAACAAGUUUCUCGAGUGAUAACAGCACAUAGCUCCAUCGUGAUAAGCACAUCGGAGGACAUCAAAUUGGAAGAACUAGUUGAUCCUACAUGUUUCAUUUGUUGAAUAUUUUUGUCUUCCUGUUGCAGCCCUGUGUAGCAAGCUGGCUC